CAAAAGAACAUGGCACAAGAACUGAACGAGUCCCUGGAAUAUACACCAACAUGGAUUGUUGCGGUUGUUUGCUCCAUCAUUGUUUUCGUCUCUCUCUGUGUCGAACGUUCUCUUCACUCGCUUGGAAAGUACUUAAAGAAGAAAAAGCAAACUGCAUUAUAUGAAGCCUUACAUAAAUUGGAAGAAGAAUUGAUGCUUUUAGGGUUCAUUUCUCUCCUAUUAACCGUCUUGCAAGGCGCAAUAAGCAACAUUUGCAUCUCACCAAAGUAUGCAACCCAAAUGCUUCCAUGCAAGAGGUCUCAUAGGUCUUCAGAAGGUUCAGGGCAUGAUCAGAUAUACUAUGACACUAUAAUAAACAGACGGAGGCUUUUUUCUACAGAAACUGGUUCACAGCAUUGUAGGCAAAUGGGGAAGGUUCCACUGUUAUCACUGGAAUCACUACAUCAUCUUCACAUUUUUAUCUUUGUAUUGGCCGUUGUACAUGCAGUAUUCUGUGUCACAACAAUGCUUCUUGGAGGUGCAAAGAUCCGGGAAUGGAAAAUCUGGGAGGAUGCUAAUAGGAAGAAGAUAACAAGAUCAAGUUAUUACCGUGAGUUCUUCAAAGUACAUGCUGAUGGAUAUUGGAGAAGAGCAGCUGUUAUUGGUUGGCUGAUAUCAUUUUUCAAGCAAUUUUAUGGAUCUGUAACAAGGUAUGACUACCUUGCACUGCGUUACGGAUUUGUCAAGGAACACUUCCCAGAAAAACUGGAUUUUAAUUUUCAUAAUUACAUGCUGCGGACACUUGAAAUUGACUUCAAAAAGGUGGUAGGCAUAAGCUGGUACCUGUGGCUCUUUGUUGUGCUGUUUUUGCUGUUGAAUCUUGAAGGAUGGCACACUUAUUUCUGGUUGUCCUUUUUGCCACUCAUACUUCUACUUCUGGUGGGGGCAAAGUUGGAACACAUCAUUGCUCGUUUGGCCCAAGAAUCAGUAGCAAAGAUGGCAAAAGAUUUCACUGGACCAGUGAAGCCAUCUGAUGAAUACUUUUGGUUUACCCGUCCAUCUCUUGUCCUUGACUUACUUCACUUCAUUUUGUUUCAAAACUCUUUUGAGAUUGCAUUUUUCUUCUGGAUUUUGUGCAUAUAUGGAUUUGAUUCAUGCAUUAUGGAGAAAAUGGCCUACAUCAUCCCAAGACUUAUAAUGGGGUAA